AUGGAGCAAAAAACCGAAAAUUACCGAAAGAAGGUAACAUUUGAUUUGACCUCGGAGAAAAUAUUGAAUCAGCCUGUAAUCUUGAAGAAAUCAAUAUUAAUGCAAAUAGAGCUUCAAGUUUCAAGCGAAAAAUCGAUGCCUCUUCCUGAAGCUCUUACGAAGAACCAUGGUUUACGAAGAGUAGGAUGA